CUGACAUUCGGGAACUCCCUGUGCCUGCUUGCUAAUUCUUUUAUUUAUUUGCAACAAUUUCAUUGUUUUAAUAUUUUUGAACAUCGCGACGUGUUUUGUGGAUCCCGUGUGUCAGUUUAAUGGUAAAAAUGGGCACAAAAAGGUCGGCAACAAACUUAGUGCUAGCGCAUGAAAAUAAGCGUACCAAAAAUGAUCUCGUUGCGUACACAAACCGGGACAAAGCGUUAAUGGAAUCAGGUGUUAGGCGAACGUCCAAUUUGAUGGCACCAAUCAUGCUAUUGGAAGGCCAUGAAGGGGAAAUUUUCACCAGCGAAUUUCAUCCCGAUGGUGACUUAUUGCUUUCUUCCGGAUUUGAUAGACAAAUUUACAUUUGGAAUGUUUAUGGCGAAUGCGAAAAUAUAAUGGUAAUGUCAGGUCAUAGUGGCGCAGUUUUGGAGGCACAUUUCUCAACGGAUGGAUCAAAUGUAUAUACAUGUUCGACUGAUAAAACUGUAGCUAUUUGGGACAUCGUUACCGGGCAGCGCAUACGUAGACUUAAAGGUCAUACAAAUUUUGUAAAUACUGUACAUUGUACGCGACGUGGUGUACAAAUGUUGUGCUCAGGUUCUGAUGAUCGAACAGUACGGAUUUGGGAUGCACGAAAAAAAAAUUCCGUCCACACUUUGGAAGCUCCAUAUCAAGUAACAGCGGCUUGCUUUAAUGAUAUAGGAGAACAAGUAAUCUCUGGAGGAAUUGAUAAUGAAAUAAAAAUCUGGGAUGUGCGUAAACAACAACAGGUGCUGCAUAGAUUGCGUGGACAUACAGACACAAUCACAGGAAUUUCAUUAUCACCAGAUGGUUCCUAUUUACUGUCCAAUUCAAUGGAUAAUACACUGCGAAUAUGGGAUGUACGCCCCUACGUGCCGGGUGAGCGAUGCGUUAAAAUAUUCCAAGGACAUCAACAUAAUUUCGAAAAGAACUUAUUACGCUGUUGCUGGUCGCCGGAUGGCAGCAAAAUAUCUGCUGGUUCUGCUGAUCGCCACGUCUAUAUAUGGGACACGACUAGUCGGCGUAUAUUAUACAAGUUACCUGGUCACAAUGGGAGUGUUAAUGACGUGGAUUUCCAUCGAAAAGAGCCACUGAUAUUAUCUGCUUCCAGUGACAAGACCUUAUAUCUGGGCGAAAUCGAAGACUAGUCCUAGUAAUACAUUUAUGAAUUAGAAGAUACGCUAUGUAGUUUCUUAUAUAAUAAAAUAAAACAAAGAAAUUUUA